CUUAUAAAUAAAUAAAUCACUGGCCUCUGUUUUUUGUUAUUUCAUAUUGUUUACGAAACGAAAAGCUUCAACGGUCUACCAAGUGCAAAUACCCCAUCUCUUCAUUUGUCUUCUCAUCUCUUCAGUAAUGACGCAAAAAGGUUCGAUGGAGGAAUUCUUGGCUAUGGCAGUGGAUGCAGCUAAGAAUGCUGGGCAGAUUAUUCGUUCUGGAUUCUACAAGGCCAAGAAUGUGGAGCACAAAGGACUGGUGGAUUUAGUCACAGGGACUGAUAAGACAUGUGAAGACCUCAUAUUCAGUCUUCUCAAAUUGCACUACCCCGAUCAUAAGUUCAUCGGAGAAGAAACCACUGCUGCUUGUGGGGCUACAGAAUUGACAGACGAACCCACUUGGAUAGUUGAUCCCUUGGAUGGAACAACUAACUUUGUGCACGGGUUUCCAUUUGUUUGCGUCUCUAUUGGUCUAACAAUUAGACGAAUUCCAACUAUUGGUGUCGUCUACAAUCCAAUUAUGGAUGAGCUUUUUACUGCAAUCCAUGGAGAAGGUGCUUUUCUGAAUGGCAAACCUAUCAAAGUGUCUUCUCAAUCAGAGCUGUUGAAGUCACUUCUCGCCACAGAGGCAGGAACAAAGCGUGACAAGUCUACUUUGGAUGCAGCUACCAAUAGAAUCCAUAGUUUACUCUUCAAGGUUAGGUCCCUCCGGAUGACUGGUUCUUGUGCAUUGAACCUCUGUGGGGUUGCUUGCGGAAGGCUCGAUUUAUUCUACGAGCUUGGUUUUGGAGGCCCUUGGGAUAUAGCUGCUGGUGCUGUGAUCGUAAAUGAAGCUGGAGGAGUCGUGUUUGAUCCAUCGGGUAAAGAUCUUGACAUCACGUCUCAGCGAAUAGCAGCUUCAAACCCUCUUCUCAAGGAUGCAUUUGUCGAGGCAUUGCUAGUGUCAGAAUAAGAGAGGUGUCAUUGAGAAUUGCAGAAACUUAUAAUCAGUCAAGUUACUUAAAAAUUUCUGAAGGCAUAGUGCCUGCCUGUAUUGAUUUAAUCACGACGGUUUUUGGAGCAUUGUUGGACCAAGCCCUUGAGCCAAAAAAAGAUGGAAUUAUUUGAUUGUUGUUCAAAAGCAACUUAUAGUAUAAAAAAUUACUCGACUUUUCAAGAAUCAUCCCAAACUGUUAUUGGAA